AUUAUGCAUCUGUAAUCUCUUGCAGUGUACUCGCGAUCUCGCGCCGGGAUCAACGCGCACACGCAUGACGCCGUAUCAUCAGUAACAGUGGCGAGCCUACUGUGUGGGCUCGAAGUGCCGUGUUCAUGAGCGAGAGCAGUAACGACACAAUGAACCUGAAGUUGAACAACGAUGUUAAAACUAUAAAUACGGUGAAAUCGCGGGAGUCUAUUAUAAAGGAGGAAAGGCGACGAACUGGCCGAUACAUAGCAAUAUUAGUCGGAAUUCUGCUGUUCAUAUUGGCGUUCUACCACGCGUGGGUGCGGCGGAUACCAGUAGUAGCAAGUCUCGUGGUACCAGCGCUCAUCAUGUUUGUGUAUGUUGCCUGGGUCCUGUAUACAGCGUCGAGGGAUAAAUUGAAGAUGUUAGACCUAGAGGCGGCGAUGAACGCGGCGGCGGCUGAAGCUGCCGAGAACGAUGCGCAGUCGACGGGGUCAGCACAAAACAAUAUAGAAAUAUCCGUUAUAUCCAAUAAAAGCAACAGCAGCAGUAACUCACCAGAUGAUAAUAAUAAGACUGAGAUAUCCUUCGUGAAAGAAAAAAAUAUCAGGACAGAGGUAGAACAUAAUGUUCUCACAAUGCCUAUAAUCUUAGUGAAUGACAAGCCACCGGAGGAUUUAGAUCAAAAAUGGCUUAACAUAGUUCAAACCGUGACGAAUAGUGAGAAAUUCAAAGGUUUUCACACAAGAAGAAAAUUUAAACGUAAAUUUUGCAGGAGCCGACGGCACGCGGUGUUUAAAAGAUCGUAUUCUAUCGGUUGAAUGGUGUGAUUUGACUUAAUAAUGGGACAUUUAUCAAAUUUAUUAUUACAGACACACUCGUAUACUUUUAUUAUUGUUAAGUGAUAUAGAAUAAAUUAUAUU